CGAUAUAUUUCAGAUUUUUUUUACAAAGAUCGCAAUUUUUUAAGGUUUUAUUUUUUUACUUGGUGGCUGACUUUCAAGAAAAACGUGCUCUUAUAGGUCAAAUUUGAUGCAUACGCUUAAUAAUAUAGAAAAAGCUACUUCAAAAGCUUCAGUCAAUGAUUUUGCAAGUGAGACCCCAUUUUCGACCUUCGGCACCUGAAAUAUAAGGAUGGUCAUAUCAUAUUAUGUCACCUUGUCAUAUGUCAAUUUAAUCAAUUAUGUCAAUCACCUUGUAUAACCCGUUAUCACCGCGGAAAUAAUCAAAGAGGUAAUGAGUGGGCAGUGCUAGGGUUAAAAAAUCACGUUUAUUCAGAAAAAGCAAGACCUGUAACAAGUUGUGUCUGAUGCCUCAAAUUAAAGGCGAAUAUAAUCGAGAGUGGAAAAAAUGCAGACUCCGACAAUCAACAAAUAUUUUCCCCUGCUCUGUGUGAUUCAAACUUGUGCUAAGAGCUUUACUGCUUCAGCUGUAACAACGGAACAAUACAGCCUCAAAACAUAUUAUGAGAUUAAAAGGAUCUGCAAAGAGCUCAAUAUCGUCCCAGAUGUGAUCGCUCAAGCUCCUAAGCAUUUAAUAGAGAUUGCCUAUAAUAAGGUUGAUUAUGUAGAUUUUGGUAACUAUUUAACAGUAGAUCAAAUAAAAAGAGAACCAACGCUGGUAAGAUGGCCACGUUCGCCUGAGCUGCUGUAUACACUCAUGCUGAUAAGUCCAGAUUAUCCUACGCGCGAAAACCCUAUUUAUAAAGAGUGGCAAUAUUGGCUUGUUACAAACAGUCUAGGUGGCGACUUAGAACUAGCAGAAACGAUGACUGAAUACUCUCCGCCGACUGAAAUUCCGGGAAAUGAACCUUGUCGCAUGAUCUUUUUAGCGUUCACGCAGCGAACAGAGCAUAUUGUAAAUUUCACUGAGCCCCGUCACUCGAAAGAGGUGAUUUGUGAGGAACGGGCGAACUUUAAAGCUGCAAAUUUUGCGUACAAAUAUAACUUUCCCGAAUUGACAGCAAUAAAUUAUUUUUUGAUAAAACCUACGAAUAGCACACCUGCGAUAUUUCUCUGAUAAUCAACGAAACCAAUUUCCAGUCAACGCAAGAAACAGCAAAAGACAACAUGCAAGAAAUAUGUUCUUUCUGCGGAAGCCUGUUCACUGAUGAAGCUGCUUUUCUGAAUCACAUGGAAUUUUUCCAAAAGAGUGGGCCCGGUGGCUUUGGUGCCGAUUUUGUCAUGACAUCUGCCCUCAGGCCACCUUAAAAAAAUACUUUGAAUCUGCACACCAAGACCAGCCCUCUUGCUCGUUGAGCAGUUCUGUUGGAUUGUUGCAACACCAGUCAGAGGAAAUACUAAGUUAAAGGGCAUCAAAGACAUCAUGCUGUCAUAGUGUGCGCAAGCAUCGAUUUUUGUGUAUAAUUUGCGGUGAUAAAUUUUCGUCUCAAAAAAGUUAGGAUGAUCACAAUUCGCACACAUUUAUGAGAGGAAAUAUUCAAUUGGACGUAUUUCUAUCAAACGGAACUAUGUGCAUUAAGACAUGAGCCCUAAGACCCAUAAGAAUACAUGCAUGACAGGACUCACGUCAUAAUGGACAUAGUUCCGUUUGGUAGAAAUACUACCAAUUGCGGCAGAUGCCACUGAAAACGAGAGCGGGGACAAAAAGUACAGAUUGGCAUUUGUUCGCGAAGUUUUUAUUUUGAGCAUGCUUUUCAUUUACAUUAGGAGAAAAAUCACAUCUUCCGUAGAAAAGAUAGUACAUAGUACGCCAGGUGCUGAAAAGUCUGAGAUGGUUAUGUGUGAGAUAUGUAAUACGAGUGAUCGCCGUUAGACUAGGUGAUAAAUCAUGCAUAUUUUUUUUCGACUAUUCUAGUCCUGUAGAUUUGUUCUCUUCAAUCUUAAAAGUUCAGUUUGGUCAUCAAAAUUUUGGAAAAUAAUUUUUGAAUUUCUCAGACAUAAUGAAUGUCACGCGUUAUUUUAAAAUUGAGAAGUUUCGGACCCUCUUUUCCUUGUCAUCUAUUUUUGGGAGUUUAUUUUUUUAUGAGAGUAUUUAUUGUAAAUUUUUAUAUUCAUUUUUUCCUUUUAUUUUGCACUUAUCACGUUCAGCAAUAUCGUAUACUCCUUUUUUUUCUCUUCCUAGAAAAUGACAGAGUUUAUGAACGGUUCCUGUCCUAAUAUGCGUCCCUAGAAAAUAUUCUCUCUCAUAACAGGUUGAGCCCUACACUAGGGAUGAAGUUACCGUUAACAUUUCAAUCAAUUUGUAUCAAACAGUUUUUUGUAAUUUUAUUGUCUCUGAAAAGUGAGAGUAUGUUUAUCCGACUGAUUAAAUGCAGUGAUAGGUAAGGGUUGCUUUUGAAGCGGAAAAUGUUUAGGACUUUGGAGCACUUGGACGCUCACUAAUUUUCAUUAUUAUUUCAUCCGUGUUUGUUCAUUAAGUAAGUAAUAUUGUUUUGAAAGUAUGUGGAAUACGUUUAAUGCCCCAUAGUUACUAAAAAUCUUUCUUAUUCUCUGGAUUCAUGGAUUGUAGGGAUUUAUAACAUGGUUUACACGGUCUGGAAACAACCGAAAAGUAAAUCGAUGAAUUCUCACGAA